AUGGAGGUGUUCCUGGUUGUCAGAGGUCACAGUUUGCCCCGGGGCAGCCAGAGCGACAUGCCACUGCCACCAAAUGUAAAUCCAGUGAAUAUAAUGGAUUCUGGCAUGGAUCGGCUCGGCACGGACCCUCGGCACGGACCCACGGCACGGACCCACGGCACGGACCCUCGGCACAGACCCUCGGCACAGACCCUCGACACGGACCCUCAGCAAAGACCCUCGCCAUUCCCCAAUCACAAGGGGGUCAUUUAG